AUGGCGAGCAUCAAAGCCUUUCUGAUUUUCCUGGUCUUAACGAUUGAACUUGGAGUCGUCGUGUGUUGUGCUUUAUGGCCGCUCCGAAACCAUUUGACUGAGCUAGCUCGCGCCAGGGGCUGGUGGCAGCUGGGCAGCUUUGAACUGGGUAACCUGGAUGUGCUGGUGUUGGCGGUCGCUAAGGAGGUGGUGCUGGUGCUGCUGGUGGCUUCCACCCCGUCAAAACAGAACAGAGCUUUUCGCAGGAAGGCGGGAAGGGGGGCAGGGACGGCGAGGGGGGGUGAGGCUAAGGAGGGGCCGGCGCCGGACGCAUCAAACCACAGCACGGUACGGAAAGCUAUCUCAGUUCUGUGCGGCCUGCACGCCGCCUUCCUGUUGGUGAAGGCGGCGGCGGUGGCGGUGACGGCGCCGGAGCAGUUGUGGCCUGACGGGGAGGGGGGUGGUGUCGUACCGCCGCGACCCGACGGACGUACCAACGUGGGCCUUGUGUUUUUGUACGUCAGCAUAGGUACGGCGACCGUACUGUGCCUGAGAUCUGCGUAA